GCUCACGAAAUAUGGCCUCCCAGUUCAAGCUUAGUUUUAGUCAGCAUCCCGACAUUUAUGUAUCGGUCGGCUGCUGUGAACUAAUAUUUUGGUAUUUAGUAACUAUUGGCUCUUGCCUCCUCUGUAUUUCCAGAAACACUGAUGUCGUCCUACCGUCAGGGUUUCUAUGAUCAUCUUUCUGUGCUUGCAUAGGCUAACGGCACUCGAGUCACGUUAUUAGCCAAUAGCACAACUACGCAAUACAGAAGCGCCA